UAGGCAUGAAGGAAAUGGAAAAAGAAGUAAAAGCGUUUAUUGGAUCUAUUAAAGUCUUUUGUAAGCCUCUAUCAUCGACCGAAUACAAAAAUCUCGAACGGAAAUUGAGAAGUGCUGCAGAGCAGUUUGAUGAAAAUGAAGAAUCGUCGAAAUCUGAAAUAUUCAAAGCAUUAACAUCUUACGAGGAUUACCUAAGAAAGAAUAACGAAGAUCAAUUUCAGAAGGCCUCGGCAACCGUUCCUUAUAAAACAUCUCGUAAAAAUAUUACAGUGGCAUCAUCGCCCAGCCCAGAAAAUGCCAUGAAAGAAAGAGAGGGGAGUAGCAGCAGCAAACAUAGCAACUCUGAACAGGGAACAAAGAAAGAUCAAAGAGCAUCUUCAGCGACAAAAAGGAAUGCAACCAACAGAGUUACUAAGGUAGAUCAGAAAGACAGGAAAACUCCAACACCGUAA